AUGGGCACAGGAUACAAGAUCCUUAAGCUCAUCAUUCGCAAUGACGCGAUGAAGGAGGACCCCCCGGAGAUCUACGGUUGGCGCGUGUUUGCUCUGGUCUGGGCAGCUUGCUUCGGCGGACUGCUCUUUGGUUGGGAUGUCGGCACCAUCGGAGGUGUAUUGGCCAUGCCCGCGAUGCAGGAGAAGUACGGUUAUGUGACGCACAACGCCAAGGACAAGGCCGACAUGUCCCAAAACAUCGCCUCGACCCUCCAAGCCGGUUGUUUCGCUGCCUGCUUCGUCACGCCCUGGUUGACGGACCGAUGGGGACGGCGGUGGGCGCUGAUCGCGACCGGCCUAGUCACGCUCGUUGGCGUCGUCUUUCAGACCGCUUCGACCGCCAACGGCACCCUCGCCGUCAUGUACGUUGGCCGCUUCAUUGCCGGCCUGGGCGUCGGCGCCGCCUCCAUGCUCACGCCGCUGUACGUCUCCGAGUGUGCGCCCAGGGCUAUUCGGGGUGGUUUGACCUCAUUCUACCAGCUCUUCAUCGUCACGGGUGUCAUGAUCUCCUUCUGGAUCAACUACGGAGCCCUGCUGCACUUCAAGGGCGUGGCUACCUAUGCGACGCCUAUUGCUCUUCAAGCCCUUCCUGCCCUGCUUCUUGUCGUCUUCAUGUUCCUCGUUCCCGAGAGCCCUCGCUGGACGGCCAAGCAGGAUGACUGGGAGGCGACGACGAGAAUCAUUUCCAGACUCAGAGGGCAAGACAUGGCCACGCAGCUCGCCAACGAAACCCGGCUGAUUGGCGACGCCACGACCAAAGCUCUGCUCAGGGAGAUGUGGUUGAUCCCCGGCAACCGCAAGCGCGCCAUCAUCUCCAUCAUGCUCAUGAUCUGGCAGCAAAUGACGGGCGUGAAUGCCAUUAAUUAUUACGCCCCGCAAAUCUUCCAGGGCCUCGGCAUGACGGGCACCGAUGUGCAGCUCUUCGCCACGGGCGUCUACGGCGUCGUCAAGGUCGUCGGUUGCUUCCUGUUCCUCGUCUUCGUCGCCGACUCGCUCGGCCGCCGCCGCAGCCUGCUGUGGACCAGCGCCGCCCAGGCCAUCUCCAUGUACAUUGUCGGCGUCUACGGCAAGCUGGAGCCGCCGCAGGCGGGGAAGCCCAUCAGCCCUUUCGGAUACGUCGCCAUUGUCUUGAUCUACCUGUGGGCUAUCUUCUUCCAGUUCGGCUGGGGCCCCGUGUGCUGGAUCCUCGUCAGUGAGAUUCCCACGGCUCGACUUCGCGCCCUGAACGUGGCCAUCGGCGCCGCGACUCAGUGGCUCUUCAACUUCAUCAUUGCGCGGACCGUCCUGACCAUGCAAGUCACCAUGGGCACAGCCGGCUACGGCAUGUUCUUCCUCUUUGGCACCUUCGGCUGGAUCAUGGGCAUCUUCGUGUGGUUCUUCAUCCCCGAGACCAAGGGCGUCAGUCUCGAGAAAAUGGACGAGCUCUUUGGUCUUACCCACAUGGAGCCCAAGGACGUCGAGGACCGUCCGGAGUCGGUGAGGGAAGUGACCGAGUUAGGCGCCGAGAAGGAGAAGAACUAG